AAACAGUCGUAAACCAAACUUACGGCGUUGGCACCACUGCGGCAAUCGGUGUCACUACAGCCAUCUAAGGACAUGAUCCACGCCCUUGACAACAUACAACCAUGGUGAGAGCAGAGCGAAAAUAUAUCGACCUCAUGCGGCAAUCUAGCUCAGGCUUCUACGCUAACUGGAAUCCAGAGGACCCAAUCAAGGUUGGUUCGUAUGGCCGUUUCGACCUUGAUACAACACGAUUCACUGUCCUCGGCAACAUCUAUGAUCCAGAAUUCCAAGUCCUACUCGACGCUGUUCAUGGGAAUUUCACGAUGUCAGACUAUCCACCAGAGUUGGAUCCAGUAGAACAGGAUAUGAUUGUCACUUCUUCGGGUGUCAGGAAGCAACCGUUUGAUCCAGGGGCACACGCCAAGAAAGAGAACUUCAGAAAGUCUUCAUUCAAGUUGAAUUUCAAGUUUCACCAGGGCAAGCGAGGUGCUGUUCUCAUCAUGCACAAGCCCCGUCUGUAUCACGUUCCGCGCAAUAAAGUACUCGACGUGCUAUACAGAAUACCGGAGCUCAAUGGUCUGUACAUCGUUCCAUCAGUCUACAAGUGCCGCGCAUGGACCAUAUAUCUGUCAAGUAAACUCGAAGAGAAUGUCUCUGUAGCACUUCUUCCGUCGAAGGUUGGCUUCGAUCUGGAAUGGUGGUCCAACUCGAGCUCGGACUUCCUCCUCCAGGGCACCGACAAGGAUAGCUUCGUUUCACCACUCUUCGCCGCAAAACAAAAGCUCCCAUUGAUUCGACGUUAUAUGCGUGGUAUGCCUGUACCAGACCCUGAACCAGGUGAUAAAUUCUGGAUAGAUGGAUGCCCAGGUUGGGAGCCCGUUGAUGAGGAUGGUUAUGAUGAUCCUAUAUGGGACGAGGAUUAUGAGCCAAAUGUGGCGAGAGUAUGGCGACGCAUCAUGUGUAAAUCUUCAACGCGGUGGUGAAUACUUUUAUCACUUUAUAUUUUUUGGUUACUUGUGCAUUGUAGUGUGUGGUAAUACGGACAGCUAUCACGGGAAUAUGCAGACAAUGCAGGAUAAAUACGGACCAAGGUUACUGAUGAUGUGGCUGUGCAAAUUGUACUAACUGAUCCGAUCGUGUUUCAACGUUGCAUCAGCUUGCGUGUUCGAUUUUCACCGCCCUUUAUCACGUUUCAGUGUUCGGCAUUCUUGUGACGUGCCCGAGGACUUCUAC